AUGUCAGGCCGGAGUGGGGCGACUCUGGGCCCGCAGCCGCUCAAGGCGACCGUCCCUUACCAGCUCGCCAGCAAGCACCGAACCAAAGGCAGGGAUGGAAAGUUGGCCAAGAAGGCCAAAACGCAGCAGCUGAGUCCUGGCAUGAGACGGACAAUGUCACUGGACGCCAUCAUCGGCCCGUACCUGCAGGGCCACUGGCCCAAAGAACCAGAAGGUGCUUUAUGUCGAAAGGACAAAUCCACACAGACGCCCAAUUGGUCAGACAAAACACCAUGUAGGAAGGACGAGAACAACACCGCCGACGGCAGCGGCGUCAACCACAAGCGCUCGGCGUCGUGGGGCAGCGCCGAGCAUCUAGAGGAAAUCACUAAAAUGAAACAACAGCUGCAGCAGCACGGUAAACCUACCGUCUCUGGGGGGCACGACCGAGACCGCCAGCGCGGCUACGCUCUCGGGAGUUGUAGCCUGGGAACCGUUCAGACUCAGCCCAUCGCCAUCCCGCUAGCGCCGCUUUCUACGUUGGUGCCUCGGUUGCGUUGCAGCGUGGAAGGCCUCAACCAAGAGUUGGAAGGCAUGUUCGUCUGUCAGCCGGGACAUCGUCAGCACCAGCUUCUGGAUGUUCCCGAUGGGCACCGCGCACCAGUCCCAACUCAGAGCCGCAGCAGUGGAUCUCAAAGUGACCCGGCGUCCGUCACUCCUCCUUCGCCUUCUUCCAUUUCGUCCUCACCGUGCUCCUCUCCCACUUCUGCUUCCCCGCCUGAAGCUGAAGACGCCUCUCUGGACAUGCACAAAGGGUUGGAUCUUCUAUCUCCAACGUCCCUGAGCGAGGCCGACCUUCUGCUGAUGUCCUCCUCACCCGGACCUAACAAAAGCUACUGCUUCCAGAGAGAACCUCCGGAGGGCUGCGAAAAAGUCAGGGUCUGGGAGGAGACCAGCUCUCCAAAGCAUCAAAAAGCGGCAACAGUCUCCUCCUGCCCCGACCCCAACAAGGUCAACUUCACCCCCCACGGCGGGUCCGCCUUCUACCCGCUCCUUCCAUCUGUGGACCUUCUCUUCUGCAGCCUCUCAGUCACCCACGAUCCUCCCACAGCUGCCAACUCCUCCACUGACGCCUUCUAA